UCAGUAUAAAAGCCAAAGGCAGAGGAGAGAAACAGUUUUCUUCAAAGUUGUUGCAGCUGGAAGUUUUGUUUGGAGUCCACGGACCCGCAGGCCGCUACGUAAAGGUGGUGCGUGCUUAACGGGAGGCGUAAAGUUUGACCAGGAGAUAAGAGAACCAAAGUAAACUCGAGUGCAAGGUUCAACUUACUUUACAAACAAAGAACUGUUGCGAGUCUAAAGCCAGCUGAAGAUGGCAGAAGGUGACUUUUACACGAUGGGAAACCGGCAGCGGUUUCCAAGAGACCCGUUUGGAGAAUCGCCGUUCCGGGAUCAGUCGCCGUUCCGGGAUCAGCUCGCAUCCCGGUUCAUGGAGGAUGAAUUCGGGAUGCCGCCUUUCCCUGACGACCUCGGGUUGGACUGGCCCGGUUGGGCUCGGCCUGGCCGGCUGAGCACGCGCCUCGGCCCGUCGCCCUUUGGCGGCGCUUUACGCACAGGGUUCCCCACGCGUCACUCCACGGGAGGCCCCGCACUUUACACCAGCAGGUACGGCGAGCCGUCCCCACGCAGCUCCCCCACGACCACAGAUGGCGAGCCCUGGAAGGUGUGCGUGAACGUCCACAGCUUCAAGCCAGAGGAAUUAAACGUUAAGACCAGAGACGGUUUUGUAGAGGUCUCAGGAAAACAUGAAGAAAAACAGGAGGAAGGAGGGAUUGUGACAAAGAAUUUCACAAAGAAAAUACAGAUCCCCACCGAUGUGGACCCCCUGACAGUUUUUGCUUCCUUGUCGCCUGAGGGUGUCCUCAUCAUUGAGGCUCGGCAGACUCCACCGUACUACCUCUUUAGCAGCGAAGACUCCCCAGGAGGGGAAAUUCAGGAUGUGGAGGCUCCGAAACCCCAAGAGGCCCCAGCAGUCUAAACUGGCACCCCCCGAAUAACACAAUCACAUAAAUCUGCAUAAUCAGUUAUGAGUUUGAAAUAAAAACUGCUCACUGAACUAUCAUCUUAUUUAAACACUUAGAGAAGAAAAUCUGAAAUAUAUUAGGGCAGGAAAUUCCCAUUGGAUGUCUGUGUUAAUAUUUCAUAAAACAGUACAUUCAUACAACAAAAAGCUCUUCCUAACAGGCAUGUUAUAGUAAUACAUUUUCUUCCUCAAGUACAACUAAGACUAUCAAGUCAUAUAACAUUUAUUUUCCAAAAGAAAAUAUGUAAUUGCAUCAUCAAUAAGUCACAAUUGAAACAUUUAUUUUGUAACACCUAUGCAAAAUCCAAAUAAGUAGAAAGAUAAAGAAAAUUGGUUGACUUUUUUUAUUUCUUUCUGUCUACAAUAAAUAUUUUCAAUAAGUAGUUUAUUAUUUAUUUUAUGUCUGCUUUUUACUAAAAGAAUGUCUCCUUUAUAAUAAAACAUAAAUAAUUGAUGAAAAAAACAUGAGUGAUGUGAUUUAAUUACGCUGUGUGCACUGAACAAAACUAACAAUUGUUUAAAAAGUAACACUUUUCUCCGUAUAUUGUUUGUCUAUAAGCAAUAUGGCUUAACACCAAUGGUGCCACUCUGUCAGGGGCGCCUUAUUGAUCAAUAGCAUUUGAAAGAUAAAAGCAAACAUUGGCUGUAGACUGAUUAGAAACACAUUGAAACACAUAUGUCUGAAAACACAAAGAGACCUUGAUGCUUUUUAGCAUCUGCAAGACCAAAAACUCCAAGGAUACCCAAUAUACAACUUGUUCAACUUUGUUUAGUUUAAUUGAUUUUUCUUAUCCAAAUAUUGUAAAAUCCCAUAUCUGGUAAUAUAUUAGUAUAUUUUAAUGCAUUAAUGUAUUUAAAUUGUGUCAUUUAGCAUUCAUGCCUAUUUACAUCUCUUUAGUAGAUUUUUUCCUCCCCAUUAGUUACCACAGGCCUUCAUUGCAUCAUCAGGUGUUGUAAUAUGCCCGCUUACUGAUGAUACUGUUUACAAAUGCAAACUGCAGGGGGCGUUAAAAUCAGGUUGUAAGUUAAUUUGUGUGUGCAGCUUGGUUGGAUUAGAAAUCCUUGAGUAGAAGUUAAUUCAUACAUUUUAACAAGGAACUGUUAGUGAAACAGGGAAUGAUUGUGCCUUAAUGUCUUUAUCAUAAAGUGGACCUGGAUGGUUCAUCUUUGUAUGCAUUAAUACUGUGUUGUAUAUAUACAUUUUAAUUGGUGCAAAAUUGUUUGAUGUAUUAAUUUGAAGUGUGCAUUUUUCUGUUAAUGAUUGCAUGAUUGCUUGAUGGACAAUUGACUUAUUUGUGAAAAGCAGUUUGUUUUCUGCAAUCCUCUCUGUUAAUGUCUUUUUACUGAGAAAUGCAAUUAAAGUAUCCGUCCUACA